AUGCACACAUCCCAUCCACCCAAAGGCCAACCAUCCACACUCUCUCUCUCUUUCUUUCUUUCUCUCUCGCUCUCUCUUUCUUUCUCUCCCUGUCUUUCUCGCUACCGCAACAUUUUCUUUUCCUUUCUUUAUAGAAAACACAUCUAUCUAUCUAUCUAUCAUCUAUCUAUCUAUCUAUCUAUAUAUAUAUAUCUAUCUAUCUAUAUAUCCCUAGACAUACACGCACACACUAUAUACAUCUAUCGCGAUCUGUUCAUUAUCUAUCUAUCUCUAUCUAUCUAUCUAUCUAUCUAUCUAUCUAUCUAUCUAUCUAUCUCAUUCUAUUUCUAUCUAACUCAUUCUGUUCCUAUCUAUCUACCUAUAUAUCUAUCACAAUCUCUACAUAUUAUUUAUUCUUUCUUUCUUUUUUGUUCCCUCUUUUAUUUGAAGUUUUUCUCGUUUUUGUCUUCCAUCAUUUUUAUCCCUUUCUUAGUUUUGUUUUUUGUUUUUAUAUCGUUAUUGCUUUCUUUCAACUCCAAAAUUACCUUUUAUUCUAUGAUAUUUCAAUUGUGUUUGUUUUUCUUUUUUCUCUUUAUAUUUCUUUCUUAUUUCUUUCUUUCAUUUUUAUCUCUUUCUUUUUUCUUACUCUUUUUAUCCAUUUCUUUCUUAUUUCUUUCUUUCUCUUUAUAUGUGUGUCUUUCUUUCUUUUCUUCUUUGCACACUUUCUUAAUGGUUUUAUUAUUAACGCAAUUGACUUUUCUUUUUUUCUUUCUUUCUUUCUUUCUUUCUUUCUUUCUUUCUUUCUUUCUUUCUUUCUUUCUUUCUUUCUUUCUUUCUUUCUUUCUUUGCACCGUUCUUUCUUUCUUCCUCUUUUUAUUUUUCAUUGUUCUUUCUUUGCAACUUUUUCUAACUCAUUCUUUUUUUCUUUCUUUCGUUUUUUCUUUUCUUUCUUUUGGUUUUUCUUCCCAUUUAAAUUACUGUAUUCUUCAUUCAUUUUCAUGGUCUCACUUUUUCAUUCUUUCUUCAAUCUCCCGCUAUUUCCUUUGUUGCUGUUUUCCUCAAGGGGCCCAAAUUUCGAUCAUUUUUCUUUCCUUUCCCUUUUAUCCAACAUUUUAUUUAUUCUAG